AUGAAUAUGUCAUUUGGAAACGAUGCCUAUCAGAUUAAGAUGACCCACGUGACAGCAGAUUGCACUACUCCAGGUUCUGUUGAUCAUUCUGACCAGCCUCAGUGCCACAUGAAUACGUCAUUUGCAAACGAUGCCCCUCAGAAACAGAUGACCCACGUGACAGCAGAUUGCACUACUCCAGGUUCUGUUGAUCAUUCUGACCAGCCUCAGUGCCACAUGAAUACGUCAUUUGCAAACGAUGCCCCUCAGAAACAGAUGACCCACGUGACAGCAGAUUGCACUACUCCAGGUUCUGUGUGA